CAUGUACGCUUGGGGGUGAACCCAGCUUCGCGAUGCAGGUCGCCUGCUUGCCGUGCUUGCUUGCAUCCCGGCGCCCGGCGGGCUUUAAGAGCGGUCGCCUACGUCAGGGCAGCCCUGAUCCGCGCUUUCUGACUGCCAAUACUUCUUUUGGCUGUCUUUCUUUCCUUUUUCGCCAUUCUGAUCUCUUUCCGACACCUCAGGAGGGGCACCGACACACAUCACGCACGAAGUGUCGCGCUUGUCGCGGCCCAUCACCCUGGCCUGAGUAUUAGCAGAGAAGGAUAAGAUAGGAUGAGCGCUAGGCGCCCGAACGGGGUGUUCCUCGUCGGCAGCUUCAUCGGUGCCGACCUCGGUCUUGCCGAACGACAUAAGAGGCGUGUCGGGAGGCAACACAUCUUCUUGGCAUGGAAACUUCUUGUCGGGCUCUCCUGACAGAACUCAAUCAACGCGAUGUCGGACCAAGGGUCCGCACUACCCUUCGCGGCGGCUGGUAUCAAGGCCACUUCGUCCACAUGGCUGACAUCUCUUCUUCCAUGGACCGCCGGCCCGUUGUCUGGGGUAAUGCAAGGGUCAGCACCUCGCUCCAUCACUAUCGCAUUCCGCCUGGCCUGGUCCGCCUGAACUUCUGGACGUAAACCGCCGGGGCCACGGUCGCGGGCUGCAACCGGAGGGAGGCUACUGGGAGCGGAGGCCGGCGCACCGUCUACUGGUGAUAGGGCGAGGAGCGCUUCUGUGGGCAGGGCAGCGGCAGGCCCCGAGCCUCUAGCGGUAAAAUUUG